GCUAUGAAUUAAUGAAGAAAUCAGUAUGUAUCCUCAACAAAGUCAGCAAGGGUCAAGUGGUGGACAUCCUAAACGUCGGAAAAAACGACCAAUACAUGGCCUAAGAGUAGUAGAAGUUACAAGGAGUAAAAGUGGAUACGGAUUUACAAUUUCUGGUCAGCAUCCUUGUGUUUUAAGCAACAUCGUUAAAGAUAGUCCUGCUGAAUAUGCCGGGUUAAAAGCUGGCAAUUAUCUGGUAGCUGUUAAUAAUCUAAACAUAGCCAAAGCUCCUCAUGAUGAUGUUGUACGUAUGGUGGGAACCAGCACAGGUACUCUGAUCUUACAGGUGGCUGAAAGUUACAAUAGUUCAGAUUCUUCUGAUGAAGAAUAUCAUCAUAGGACUAAAGCUCGAUAUCCAAAUAGAAUCCGUCAAAGACAUGGAUCAAAACAUGGUGAAAGAGUGUUAGGGGAAUGUAACCAAAGAGAAAAACAUAAUUCUCAGGAACAUAGACACAAAGAAACACAUUUUGCCAAACCAGCUGAUACCAAAGGUGCCAUAUCUAGGUCAAGAGCACGUCUGCAUACACCUGUAGGUGCUGAAAAUACUGUGACUCAUUCUUCCAAAGAUCUUCAUCAGUUUGCAGGACCUUUACCUGUAGAGAGACGUUCAGCAUCUCAGUCUCGAUCAUUGCAUGUCACUCCAGUCAUGCAGAGACCUCAGGCUAAACAAGCUAUUGUAAAAAGUACAACCCAGAGUGCUCACUCAUCCAGACAAAUGGCAUUCAUGGGAUCUAAAAACCAUUACGGUAGUGUAGAUCAAAAUUUGAAUGGUAUAACAAAUGCCCAAAAGUCAUACGCAAAUAACAGUAUAUCGUCUUUAUUAAAAACAUCAGUUGCCAAUACUUCAGCUAAUAAUGCAUUCAUUGUUAUGGAUGAUGAUGACGGUGAUGAUGAAGAGAGUUUAUUGAAUCAGAGUUUUCAUGAAACAAGGGUUGUAGUUGGUUACAUUGGUUCAUUAGAAAUGCCCAGUGAUGCUGACAAGCCACAUAUUCGCAUUCAGUCAAUUCGAAAUGCAGUGCGUAGAUUAAGAGUUGAACAAAAAAUUCAUACUUUAGUAUUAAUGGAAGUUUCAGCAGAUGGUGUCAAGUUGACAAACUGUAUGGGAACAACUGUUGCCCAUUAUCCUGUUGAUAGGAUAGCAUUCAGUGGUGUUACACCUGAUGACAAACGAUUCUUUGGGAUUGUCACAUUACAUUGUUCUAACAGUGAUGAAACUGGAAGUGAAGCUGGUAGUCAGGAUGAAUCUGUUUCUAGUGGAUCCUGUCAUGUAUUCAUGGUUGAUCCUGAAAUCAAAUCACAUAAUAUUCAUGCACAAAAAGCAAAGUCGUUUGGUAUAACAUGUACACCUACACCAGACAGACAUCAUUGCGCAGAGUUUCCUAAAUCUGCUACACCAGUCAUUCUAUGCAUCAGUAAUUUGUAUAAAGAUAGACCAGGGGUGUCUAAUGACAAUGAAUUAGCACUGUCUCAGGCUUUUACUGACCCUUCAAGAGCCCCACAGCGUACCGCUAGUAAUAGCAGCAAUAGUGAUAGUGGACUUGGUUUUGGUAAGGAAGAACCUGGUUCUGAACGUGUAUUGGUUGUGAACAUGCCUCCACCACCUGACCCACCGAGUCAGAAUGGAUGGCACGCUACAAUUAACAAUUCUGUUCACCAUUGUUCACCUGAUAAUCAUACUAUACCAACUCCAUGCCGUAACGUUCCGAAAUCUGUCUCUAUGCAUGGGGAAGCAAGCAAUAGAUUGAACCAAUCAACUCUAAGUGAAGAUUGGGGCAGGAACAAGCGAAAAAUAAACCCCAGAGCAAUGCCUGAUCAUGGACCAAAGUAUAAUUCUACUGAUGGAUUAGAGAGACAAAAUAGUGCAGAAAAUCUCAGAGCUAGUAUGAGAAGACUGAUACAACAAAGACAACGAAGUGGUUCGACCAUCAGCAGUGAUCAGGAGUCAAACAGUUCAAAUGUGAGUGACUUUCAAAGGUCUUUUUCACAACCUGAUCUUCAAAAGUCAUCAACUUCCGCAUUCAGUAAACACCUGCCUGACCAGAGUUAUGGCUCCUGUCCAAACAACAGCAAAAUUGACAAUGGAGAUGUUGAUGAUGACAGAUUAAGUCCAAGAGCUUUCUUACCACCACCUUUUUCACAGUUACGAUCACCAUCAGCUCCUCCAACCUUUCACCGGGAUGAUAGUUUUGAUGAUAUUCCUGCAGCAGAGACCAGUGGGAUGUGUAGUCUGAUAGAGAGAUUUGAACAAGACCAGGCCUUCAGAAUAUCAUCACCUGUAGAUGUGUCUCGUAGAUACUCUGAAGGAACACCAAAACAGCAAAAACAGAGGGAAAAGAAUCGGACCUCAGAUGAUAUACAAGAUAAUUGGGCAAAGCCACAGACUCGAACUAGAAAGUUGUCCCGUCUACAGCAUCCCCUUAGUCAUUCACAUGAGAGUUUGGUUGCAUUAGAUACAGAAACCAAUCAUCGACUGUCAACUGCUAACAGUGUAAACAAUAUCACAAACAAUGGGGAGGAUGAUGAACAUGAAGAUGAUAUCGGCCGUAUUGCAGGUUGGGCCGUCAACUUUAACAAGCUCCUCAAUGAUCAUGGAGGACUUGCUGUCUUCACCGAAUUUCUGAAGAAAGAAUUCAGUCAAGAAAAUAUCUUAUUCUGGAGAACAUGUGAACAAUUUAAACAUAUUGAAGACUCUGAUAAGAGAAAAGGUGAAGCUAAGGAGAUCUUUAUGAAGUAUAUGUCUCAGAAAGCCACAGAUCCUGUCAAUGUAGAACAUGUUAGUGUCAAACAAGUAGAGAAACAGUUAGACAAUCCUGGAACAAAUACAUUUGAGAAGCCUCAGCAGGAGAUUUUCAAGCUAAUGAAACAGGACAGCUACCCUAGAUUUAUCAAAUCAGAACUAUACAAAACAUACCUGAUGAGAGAAAUGGAGGGAAAACCCCUGAAUCUACCAGCAGAUGAAUUUGAACAGAAAGACAAAAAGGAGGAGAAAAAUAAGUCCAAAAUUGAAAGUAAAGAAAAAAGAAGGAGAUCUUUGUUGCCAUGGAGAGGAAGGAGCAGCAAACAAAGUAUCAAAGCAGCUUCAGAUUCAGAUUUGAAAAAAAUGAAUGAGAAAAAAGAAAAAGAGAAAGAGAAAGAAAAAGAAAAGAUAACUAAAGAAAAGGAAGUAAAUAACAAUACACAACAACGUAAACCUUCCAUACCAGCUGGUCCUGGUAUUGAUCUCAGUACAAUGAGGAAGGAGGCAACCAAAGUCACCAAUGAAAAUGAUGAACAAAACUUUAAAUUCUGUCGUGUUAUCAUGCCUGAUGGGUCCACAACAGUUGUGUGUGCAAGACCUGGUCAGACAAUUAGAACUGUUUUAGGAAAGUUGUGUGAUAAGAGAAGUUUGUCUAUUGCUGGUGUUGAUGUAUUCUUACUGGGAUCUGAUAAGCCAUUGGACCUGGCAGAGGAUAUAUCUACUUUGGGAUCAAAAGAAGUGAUGAUAGAAAGACGGGUGUUAUUUAGAAUGGACUUACCUAACCGUAAAUCUAUUGGUGUCAAAGCUAAACCAAACCGAACAAUUCGUGAUGUGUUCAAACCUAUUCUUAAUAAAUAUGGAUUUAAGUUGGAUAAUAUUUUUGUACAAUUGUCAGGGAAACCAGAUGUAUUAGACAUAGAUGAACAAGUAUCUACAAUAGAUAAUCAAAGAGUUGUGAUUUUACAACAAGAUGAUAUAGUUGUUUCGGGUAAAACAGGAAGUAUACGCUCGACAUCCUGGUCUCCAACUAUGGCGUUAAAAUAUCCCCCAGAUUACCAUAACAGUCAGAAGGAAUAUGUUUCCUUAAACUUAAUGACAAAUAGUAUCUUUGAUGAUCUGAUGAAGGGCAAAUCUCAUCAGUUGGCUCAUAAUUUUGAUGAACUUGGAAUUUUAGAUCCUGAUAGCAAGGUCAAGGGUCUGCUGAAAAACAACGAAGAUCGUCCCUCUUUGGGUUUAUUCGGCCUCAGGAGAAAAGAGUCAGCAUCCGUAAAGGAUCCACCACCCAGCAAGAUGAAGUCAAAACACAAAGUGACGUUUAAUCUUCAGAAAAAUCAGACUCGUACUUCACAGGGUGAUGACGACAAGUUUUUGGAACUUUUAUCAAAAGCUCAAAGGCAAAGGCUGGACGACCAAAGAGGAUUAGACAUGAAUAAUUCAGAAAUUCCAGAAUUCCUACGCAAUAAAAGUCAUCAUUCAUCCGGACGAGAGAGUGCUCCUCCCAUUUUGUCUCGUGAUCGUUCUGAAUAUGUACAAAAUAAUGACAAAUAUUCAUCACAUAAUCGUAUCAGCUCAUCAGGGCGCAUCUCUUCCAUGUCUGUUGAGGUUGUGGAUAUUUCUGCAGAUGAUAGUGAAUAUUUAAUGUCAACAGACCAAAGUUUUAGUCAAGAUGGCAUAAUUCCACAAACAUCUGAGGCUCAGGAAUACUUUCAGUCAUCAGAUUCUAUCAAUGCAGACUUUGAUGAUCCAUGCUUAGCUGAGAAAAAUUUACGGGAUUUAGGUUUUGACUAUAGUUAUAAUAUGUAUCAAGCUAAAGCAUUCGGAUACUCACGGUACAGGCCAUUAUCUCCCAAUAGACAAUCGAUAGAAAGAAAUUCUGCUCCACUGACAUCGCUGGAUCUGUUAGAUAGUACCACUACAAAUGAUGACUUUGAUGAUACAUUGACUAGUUCUCCAGCAGAUCAUCGCUGGAGACCACAAUCUGUUCCUCCAGUGCUCGUAUCUAACAAAAAUGGGGUUUUAAAGCAGUUAUCUCCCCUACCUUAUACUAAUAAUACACCAACCAAUACUUCUGCAUUUUGCCGAACUUCAAAUCAGAAACCAUCAACAUUUUCAACAUUUACAUCAACACCCAAACCUGACAAUAAACCUGUUAUUUUAGAUUUAGCAAACACAGAAGAAGAUGUCACUUUUGUAUAGCAAAACUUGUAUUUCUCUUCACUGCCAUAAAUACCAGUGUUUUUUUUUUAUUAAUGAAUAGUAUUUUUUUCAGAACUUAUUAGUUUAAACCAAAAAAGCAUUACAUGCUUUUAAACAAAGUAUCUUUAUUGCAAAACCUAGAAACAAGCACUGAAAGAGAGAAGAUUUGUACAGUGAUCACUAUUGAUGACAGCCAGCAAUAAUGAGCUAUAUUCGUUAAUUUUGUUUUUGUUUGUUGAUUAUUGCAUGUACAGCAAUAUUUUCUAUGGUGCUAUAUGAUUUGUACAUACAUAUAUUUGUAUAGAUUUUAAUUGUUAAUGAAUGAAGAGAUUUGAGAUGUUUUAUAUUUUAUACAAAGUCAAAUAAAAUAUCUCUCUAAGUGA